UCCUUACAAGCCCCACCUGAAAUUUAAAAAAAUUAAAAUCCCAAUUAGUGAUGAGGAUGAUGUCCCCAUCACGUCCUGGUUGUCUGUAUAAUGAAUCCUUUUACUAGCCGGAUUAAAUAUGUCCCAUAUUGCAGAAUGCAGCGUUUCGAUUUUUUAUGAACAACAAUCCAUGGAUUUUCUAGAUUUAGUCCUCUUAUUAUUGGUGCUAGUUGUGCCUGCAUUAGCAGAUCCAGAGGCUAAUCUCCUGCAAUCUGGAUGCAGUAAUGUCAAGAGCACCAGCGUAAAAGUAUUUCAGCAAAAUUUAAAUGCCAGUUUGGCAUCUGUGCUUCAAGCAGUGGCUUCAUCUGGCUUCGCUACAGAAGAGCAAGUCACAGGUUCAGAUCCAGUUUAUAUGUUGGCUCAGUGCAGACAGGAUAAAAAUUCAUCAGAUUGCGUUAAUUGUAUAACGGCCGCAGAGAAGCAAAUUCGAAAUUGCUCCAAUGUGUCCGGGGGAAGAACAAUCUAUGACGGUUGCUUCCUGCGAUAUGAAAGCAAUAAUUUUUAUACGCAGAGUACUGCUGAUGGAAAUUCACAGCAGUGCGGCAAUCAAAGUAUUAGAACGGAUGCCGAUUCGUUUUCUGUCACAAGUAAAAGUUUGUUAAGUGAUCUGUGCACUGCAACUCCGAAGACUAGUGAUUUCUUUGCUGCUCAGUUUCGAAAGGAUGCGUCGAAUAGAACAAUCUAUGGGCUUGCCUGGUGUUUGAAAUCUCUUACAAAGGAAGGCUGUACGAAUUGUCUGACCAUAGCGCAGACAAAUAUAGCGAAUUGUUUAUCUUAUUCGGAGGGACGUGCUGUGGACGCUGGUUGCUCUCUGCGUUAUGCUACUUACUCCUUUUUUUCAGACAACGCGACCACUGAUCUUGCACAAUUUUUGUCUACAGGUAGUAAAGUUAACUCUACCGUGUGGAUAAUAAUUGGGGUUGUGGGAGGCGUCAUUCUCAUCGCUGUCUUAUGCUCGCUGUUUUUCUUUCGACGGAGAGUGGUGGCAUAUUUUAGGCGGCCACCACAGAAACAAGUGAAUACUGAAACCGCAACUGAACUACGUGGACCCGUAGAUUUUGAUUACAAGAUACUGAGAAAAGCCACAAAUAACUUCGGUCCCGAAAACAAGAUUGGAGAAGGAGGGUUCGGGCAAGUAUAUAAGGGUACGCUGAAAAACGGCAAAGUCAUUGCAGUAAAGAAAUUAACUUUAAACCAAUCUGCGCGUGCGAUAUCAGAAUUCGAAAGCGAAGUGAAGCUGGUAUCGAAUGUUCAUCACAGGAAUCUGGUGCGCUUGCUGGGAUGCUGCAAUCAAGGCCCAGAGAAACUGCUUGUCUAUGAGUACAUGUCAAACAGUAGCCUUGACAGAAUAUUAUUUGGUGAAAGUGAAAAGAUACUAAGCUGGAAAGAAAGAUUUAACAUCAUAUUGGGCACUGCUCGAGGUCUCGCAUAUCUCCACGAAGAUUUUCAUGUGUGUAUCAUCCAUCGGGAUAUUAAAUCCAGCAAUAUAUUGCUGGACGACGACCUACAGCCUAAAAUUGCAGACUUUGGAUUAGCAAGACUUCUUCCCGAUGACAGAAGUCACCUUACGACAAGAAUCGCAGGGACUCUAGGAUACACAGCUCCAGAAUACGCGAUCCAUGGGCAAUUGACUGAGAAAGCUGACACCUACAGUUAUGGUGUGGUAGUUCUUGAGGUCAUUAGCGGGAGAAAAAGCAUUGACUUGAAGCAACCGCCCGAUAUGGAAUAUCUGCUGGAACGGGUAUGGAAGCUAUACGAAGGAGGAAAUAUUUUGGAUGUGGUAGAUAAAAGGAUGGAAGAAAAUGAAGAUUAUAAUGAAGAAGAGAUAUUGAAGAUGUUAAAGCUUGCACUGUUAUGCAUACAGGCUUCUGUUGUAGAUAGGCCAUCAAUGUCCCAGGUGGUGGCUAUGCUGGUGAGCGGGACAGACAUUGAUUACAAGAAACCGUUUCAACCUGCUUUCGUAGAUGUGGGGUAUAGAAUCCGCGGGGAACGUUCAAAUUCUGGCACAUCCUCCUCUCCGUCGAAUGCAAACAUUACAGAAUCGCUCGAUGCUCGUUAGCUGUAGCCGAUCCAGUUUACUGUAUGCAUCGUCAACAAAUAGCUUUACAUGAACUGAUAUAAAGAUCAGAAGCUAAUGGACGAUAUAUAUUUUGUAAAAGACCAAAUUUGUAUUUUAUAUUCUAAAUUUCAAAACGAGCAAUCAACAACAAUGGGAUGGUUUAAAUCAUCAUAUAUA